AUGGAACGGGACCCCUGUCCUGAUCGUAUAUUAGAUGACAUCGGCGGCGCUUUUGGCAUGGGCGCCGUAGGGGGCGGAGCUUUUUACUUUCUCAAAGGCCUAAAGAAUUCCCCAAGAGGAUCUCGUCUCCUAGGCGCCUACCAAAACGCCCGCAUGAAAACGCCGGCCACUGCCGGCAGCUUCGCCGUUUGGGGUGCCUUAUUUUCCCUCUCCGACUGCUCCCUCGUCUACCUCCGUCAAAAGGAGGAUCCGUGGAACUCCAUCAUGGCCGGGGCCUUCACCGGGGGAUUCCUACAAAUGCGCCAGGGCUUUGCCUCCGCUUCUCGGGCUGCUUUAAUUGGUGGAGGUUUAUUGGCCCUCAUAGAAGGUCUUCAGAUCGCUGUAAAUCGAUUCGUUGCAGCUCAACAGCAACAAAUUAUAUAUGUUGAUCGUAAUAGCGUGCCUAUUGGCAUGGGUCAUCAGGGUAAUCAGGACCUGCCGCAGACAGCUGGUGCUUCCGGGUCACCGUCUUCUUCUAUUUCUUCCUGGUUUGAAGGGUGGUUUGGUGGUGGUGGAAAGAAAGAGGAAGGAAAGAGUGGAGCCAAGACGGACGUUUUGGAGAGCUUUGAUGCUCCUUUGCCACCGACUUUUGAGUUCAAGUGA